AUGUCAGCAUCAAAACCUGUCACGAUCCCGGAAUGGAUGACAAACGAUUUCUUCAUUGGUGCGAUUGCAAAAGCAUUUAACGUUACGGAGGCCGAGUUUACCAUCGUGCAGCUCGACGUCCAUGCGGCCACGGAAGCGGGCGACAAUUUCGUCUCGAUCAUGUACCGCGUAAAGGUAACGGUACGCAUGGCGGGGACGACGGACCAACGAAUCGUGUCCCUGAUCGUGAAGGCUCUGCCGCGGUUAGGCCUUUCCGAGGAAAUGAUCUCCGCGAUGAAUGUGUUCCCGAAGGAGAUGGCCGUGUAUGCUGAAAUUUUGCCCGCAUUUGAGCAACUGUACCGUGAGCAGGGCGUGGACGUUACGUUUGGGCCACGCUGUCUGAAACACUGCACCGAACCGACCGAUAUUAUCGUGAUGGAGGAUCUGAAGGAUCGUAACUUUCAAAUGGCGGUACGCCAGAAAGGGCUUGACUUGGAGCAUUGUCACACGUUGCUGCGACGGUUGGCUCAGUUCCAUGCCGCAUCGGCAGUUUACUACGAACGGAAUGGACCGUACGAUGCGAAGUUUAAGGAGGGAAUGUAUGCGGAAAAGAAUCGCGCAAUGUUUGAGCAAUUCCAGGGUCAGCACGAUGUGUUCAUGUAUGAAGCCAUAUCUAAGUGGCCGAAAAAUGGGAAGCUGUAUGCGGAACUCAUGAAACGUUGGGGCAUGGACAUGUUCGACGCCAUGCUGCGCAUCACGAAACCUGACCCGGCCAAGUUUAACGUACUAAACCACGGUGACAUGUGGUGUAAUAACAUGAUGUUCCAGUACGACGAAUGCGAAAAGAUCAAAGAAAUAACGCUCGUCGACUUCCAGAUGUGCAUUUGGAGCUCGCCAGUAAUUGACCUUCACUACUUUAUCUUUUCCUCGGUGCGCGCCAAUUUGAAGUUGCGUCAGCUAGAUCACUUGAUUUGCUACUAUUACCAACAUUUGACCGAGAACUUGACCCUGCUCCAGUAUGGCGGUGUGCGUCCCUCGCUGCAAGACCUGCACUCAGAUUUUAUCGAGCGGCAACUGUACGGUCUGAGUACGGCCUUUUCCGUGUUUCCUAUUUGUGUGAUGGAAAAAACGGAGGACGCCUCGAUCGAUCUGAUGUUAGAUCAGGGUGAUGCAGGGAUAGCGUUCAAGGAGAAGAUGUACAACGGACCGGCGUACGUCGAGCAGAUGGUCCCGAUACUGGAGUACUUUUACGAAAAUGGUGCGUUCGAUAUAAACCAGCUUGGAUACCAGCGACCGGCCGGUAUCGAGUAUGAUCACUCGCUCUACAUACCGCUCUGGUUGGAUGUGCAAUUUUUCGACGACGUAGUAAAAUCAAAACUUGGUACCUUUGCUCCCAACUCUCGACGGCUCAUCCGCAACAUACGGCUAGAACUUGCCACCAAGAAGGGUGAUAACUAUGCUUCAGUUUUAUACCGCGCAAAGGUUGACGUUCUCAACCAAGGUACCGGUGUGGUCGAGAGUUUUUCGACGAUUGUAAAAGCCCCACCGAAGGGUGUGCUAGCGGGCCACAUGUCAUAUCUUAACUUCUCCACGCGCGAGAUACAGAUGUACCGGGAGCUAUUGCCCGCCUUCGAGCAGCUCUACCGCGAUAAGGGUAUCAGCGCACGCUUCGCUCCGCGUUGUUUGAAGGUGUGUGAAGGCGUUCCGGCGGACGUACUGGUGCUGGAGGAUCUUUCGCACAAUGGCAACAAUCGUAUGGCGGAUCGGCGUGCAGGGCUGGAUCAGCAUCAAACCGAGCUGGUGUUGGAACAGCUAGCUAAAUUUCAUGCCGGAUCGGCCGUUUUCGUCGAUCAAGGAAACACACUCUCGCGUGACUUUAAUGGCCCGCUGGUGAUGGAGACCUUCAAACAAAUGGGCAAACAAAUCUUUCAACCUAUGCUGGACGGGUUGAUAGAAUUCAUGGCAAACUGGGACUUUGUAGCUUCGGAUCUUCACGCUGAUCUGAGCGAGCUGGCAAAGACGGCGUUCGACGAGUCGGUCUCCAUUAUCGCUCCGCGGGAAAAUCGUUUCAACGUGCUAAACCACGGUGAUCUUUGGAUAAACAACAUGAUGUUUAGCACGAACGACGACCGUUCGACCGAAGUUACCCUGCUCGACUUUCAGAUGUGUUGCUGGGCUUCACCGGUGAUUGAUUUGCACAGCUUUCUUUUCUCUUCCGUCCAAUCGGACCUGAGGCUAUCCAAGCUCAACUACUUCCUUCGCUACUAUCAGGAAAAGUUGGUCGAGAAUCUCGUACUGCUCGGAUAUCGCAAACGGUUGCCAACAUUGCAGCAGCUGCUGGUUGACUUUAACGAUCACCUAAUGCUGGGACUGAUCAGUACGAUGCUGGCACUCCCGUUCGCACUCGUACCGGACACGGAAGAUGCAUCGCUUGAUUCGGCCAUCGAGAGCAGCACCGAUGCCGGGCAACGUUUUCAGAAACUAAUGCUAGACAACGAGGAGCUGAAGAGCCAGAUGAAACAGUUGCUGCCAUACUUCCGGAAUCGAGGCAUUCCUCGUAAGGGAAACUUGUAA